CUAUGACCAACAUGAGCUGGAGCUUCCUGACGCGGCUGCUGGAGGAGAUCCACAACCACUCCACCUUCGUGGGCAAGGUGUGGCUGACGGUGCUCAUCGUCUUCCGCAUCGUGCUCACAGCCGUGGGCGGCGAGUCCAUCUACUCGGACGAGCAGAGCAAGUUCACGUGCAACACGCGGCAGCCGGGCUGCGACAACGUCUGCUACGACGCCUUCGCGCCGCUCUCGCACGUGCGCUUCUGGGUCUUCCAGAUCGUGGUCAUCUCCACGCCCUCCGUCAUGUACCUGGGCUACGCCAUCCACCGGCUCGCCCGCGCCUCCGAGGAGGAGCGCCGCCGCACUCUGCGCCGCCGCCACGGCCGCGGCCCGGCUCCCCGCCGCCCCGGAGGGGCGCCCCCGGCUUGGCCCGAGCCCUCAGACCUGGGCGAGGAGGAGCCCAUGUUGGGCCUGGCGGGGGAGGAGGAGGAGGAGGAGGCGGCCGCGGGUCUGGGCGAAGGCGAGGAGGAGCUGGAGGCGGAGGAGGUGGCCGCCAAGAACGGCAAGGGCGCGGAGACCCCGGGCCCCGCGCCCAAACACGACGGGCGGCGGCGCAUCCAGCGGGAGGGCCUGAUGCGCGUGUAUGUGGCGCAGCUGCUGGCGCGCGCCGCCUUCGAGGUGGCCUUCCUGGUGGGCCAGUACCUGCUGUACGGCUUCGAGGUGCGGCCCUUCUUCCGCUGCAGCCGGCAGCCCUGCCCGCACACCGUCGACUGCUUCGUGUCGCGGCCCACCGAGAAGACGGUCUUCCUGCUGGUCAUGUACGUCGUCAGCUUCCUCUGCCUGCUGCUGAACCUCUGCGAGAUGGCGCACCUGGGCCUGGGCAGCGCGCAGGACGCCGUGCGCGCCCGUCGCAGCCCAGCCGCCGCCGCCCUGGCCCUGGCGGCCCGCCCGCCGCCGCCGCCCUGCGCCUUCCCGUGCGCGGGCCCCGGCCUGGCCUGCCCACCCGAGUACAGCCUGGUGGUGCGCGCGGCUGAGCGCGCGGCGCGCGCGCAGGAGCAGAACCUGGCCAACUUCACGCUGCAGGCCCUGCGGGACGGCGUCGGGGACGGCGACAGCCCGCCCUCCCCGGGCCUCCCCACGGCCUCUCGGGGGCCCCCGAAGACUGCCCCUCACGGGACCCCCGCCGCCACCGGCGCUGCUGCCUCCAGGACGGGCAGCGCUACCUCGGGGGGCACCGUCGGGGAGCAGGGCCACCCGGGCGGUGUCCACGAGCGGCAGGGGGGCACCAAGCCUAAGGUGGGCUCGGAGAGGGGCAGCGGGAGCAGCAAGGACGGGAAGACAACGGUGUGGAUCUGAGAGGGGCCGUGUCCCCCACCUCCCUUCCACACUGGGGUUGCACUGGGUUGGGAGUGGUGGGGGUCCACUGAGGGCUGGAAGUGCUGGGAGUGCAGAACUGGUGAGCACCUGCUCCUGCUCAGCCCGGUGGCCUGGGUGUUGGCCCUGGGUUUUGGGAUCCUCAGAAGGGACUGAGGCUUGGAAAGGGGCCACAGGAUGAUGCCACAGCACCCUAGCCUGGGCACAGCCCUGUGGAGAUGACUGCACCCCUUUAUGUGCAUGUGCAGCUGAACCCGGACCUCUGUCUCCUGUCUGUACAAGGAUGGGGUUGAGGAGAGAGUCUCUAGCUCUGGACUGUAAACCCUGAGGAGUGGGCAAGGCUGUGGCUGGAGCACCCAGAGCUUGCACGGCCCACCUGAACCACCCUGAGCCUGGGACGGGGCCCCUGCUGCUGCCUCCCCACAUCCUCAGCCCACCCCAGCCUCUCUAGGACCUGGGACUGUUGCCACAGGACCAGGGUUCUGGCUAGUGGUGGCUCUAGCAGCCCCCCACCUCCUGCCCCCCUGUUCCCCUGCAGCAGGCCACGUGUGGCACCCAGGGGUGUCUGGAACUGGCAUUGGGAAGGGGUUCUGUGUUUGUCCCCACUGCAGCAGCAAAUGGGGGCUCCUUCCCCAGCAUUCCCCCUCCCCCACAGAGCUGGAAGCAAUCCCAAACCAUCCUCCUCCACCUUCCUUGUACACAUGGGGAAACUGAGGCUCGGGAAGGGCAGGGACCUUUGGACCCCAGCCGGGCUUCAGAUGGGAGCUCACUUCCUCCUGCUGCAGUGAGUGCUGGGUCUGGGCCCCUCUCUGAGUCCCCUGCUGACGCCCUUGAACUAUCCCCUCUCCUGGGACGUACUUGAAAUUCUGCAGAGAUGCCACGCCCCCACCUUGCAGCUUGGAUCGCUAAGAUGAGGCUCAGGGGCUGGGGCUUUGGCGAUGCUCAGGAAAGGGUGCUCCCCAGGCCGUUCUGUGCUCUUCAGCCCCCCACCCAGCCCUCUCCCUAAUUCAGACACAGCCUCCAGAACAAAGGGAGUCAAA